AUGCUGGUGCUGGUGCCGGUGGUGGUGCUGUUGGUGCUGGUGCUGGUGCUGGUGCUGGUGCUGGUGCGGCUGAUGCUGGUGCUGGUGCUGCAGCAGCAGCAGCAACAGCACCAGGUGCAGCAACAGCAGCUGCAACAGUUGCAAGAGCUGCAGCAGCAGCAACUACUGCAGCAGCAACUGCAGCAGCAACUGCAGCUGCAGCUGCAGCAGCCGCUACUCCUCGCCCUCCAAGGCAACCAACAGCUCAGCAAGCUGCUCUUCAGCCCCGAGCAGCAGCAGCAGCAGCAGCAGCAGCAGCAGCAGCAGCAGCAGCAGCAGCAGAAAAGUGGUGGUGGGGGAGGUGUUAGUAUAGCUUCUGUAUUAACAACCCCUGAAAAAUCAAUACCCCUAAACAGCAGCAACAACUGCAUCAGCAGCAGCAGCAGCAACAGCAACAGCAACAGCAACAGCUUCCUGUCGCUGCUUGUCUCUCCCUCUUCGUGUGUAGAUAUAUCGGUCCCUGCCUGGGCCCCCUCAAGCGCAGCAGCAGCAGACGAAGCAGCAGCAGCAGCAGCAACUGCAGCAGCAGCAGAGGGAGCAGCCAAACAGCAGCAGCAGCAGCCGUUGCAGCUCGAAGCACGGGCAUUCUCCCCGCAGCAGCAGCAGCAGCAGCAGAUGCAGCAACAGCAAGAUAUUGAGGAGCUCAAGCAGCAGCAGCGGCUGCAGCUGGAGCUGCAGGCGCAGCUGCUGCAGCAGCUGCAGCUGCAGCUGCUGCCUCGCAGGGGUGCAGCAGCACAGGCCCAACCCGCCCCUCUGCAGCAGCAGCAACAGCAGCAGCAGCAGCAGCAGCAGCAGCAGCACAGCAUCCAGCAGCAAGCUAAUAAGCUGGCGGUGAUGAUGCUGCGUCAGCAUCAGCAGAAGUAUAUGCAGGAGCAGCAGCGAACGAUGGAUCAUCUGCAGCAGCAGCAGCAGCAGCAGCAACAGCAACAGCAACAGCAGCAACAGCAGCAGCAACAACAGCAGCAGCAGCAGUUGCUGCAGCAGCAGCAGCAGCAGCUAACCAUGGCAUAUGAGCAGCAAGCAGCUGCCCCCUUGUGGAGGACUGCUGCCUCCAGGCCCCCCGGUCUGGUUCGGAAGGAAGCAGCAGCAAAGACAGCAGAAGCAGCAAUGGCUGCAGCAGCCCCCAAAGGGCCCCCCGCACACCUGCAGCAGCAGCAGCAGCAGCAACAGCAACAGCAGCAACAGCAACAGCAAAAACAGCAGCAGCAGCAGUUGCUGCAGCAGCAGCAGCAGCAGCUAACCAUGGCAUAUGAGCAGCAAGCAGCUGCCCCCUUAUGGAGGACUGCUGCCUCCAGGCCCCCCGCUCGAUCAACUGCAGCAGCAAAGACAGCAGAAGCAGCAAUGGCUGCAGCAGCCCCCAAAGGGCCCCCCGCACAUCUGUGGGGCCGCAGCCAAUGGGAUCUCCAGCCCCCGCAGCAGCAGCAGCAGCAGCAGCAGCAGCAGCAGCAGCAACAGGAUCCAAGAGGGUUUGUGAAGGCUCCUCGUGCUGCUCCUGCCCAGCAGCAGCAGCAGCAGCAGCAGCAGCAACAGCAGCAGCAGCAGCAGCAGCAACAGGAUCCAAGAGGGUUUGUGAAGGCUCCUCGUGCUGCUCCUGCUGCUGCUGCUGCUGCGACCUCAACACUCAAUGCAGCAGCAGCUCCUUUCUUUCCUUCUUCCCUUCGCCAACUGCUGCAGCGGCCCACUGAUUUGCUGCUGCAUGCGCCCCCCACCAAAGACAGAGGCGAACAGCAGCAGCAGCAGCAGCAGCAGCACCCGCAGCAGCACCCGCAGCAGCAGCUGCUGCAGCAGCAGCAGCAGUUACUGAUGCAGCAGCAGCAACAGCAACAGCAGAUGCUGCAGCAGCAGCAACAGGAACAGCAGCAACAACAGCAGCAGCAACAACAAUUUCUACAGCAGCAGUUGCAGGAGCAGCUGCAGCAGCAGUUGCAGCAGUUGCAGCAGCUGCAGCAGCUACAGCAACUGCAGCAGCUACAGCAGCAGCAGCAGCAGCAGCAGCAACAACAGCAGCAACGCUAUCCCCAAGGGGGUGAGUGCCCUCCCCUCCCGUUGCUGCUGAGUGCAGCAACUCCUGGGCUGUUCAGCAGCAGCAGCAGCAGCAGCAACAGCAGCAGCAGCAACAGCAGCAGCAGCAGCAGCAGCAGCAGCACAGCAACAGCAGCAGCAGCAACAGCAGCAGCAGCAGCAGCAGCAGCAGCAUGGGCCGUUUUGAAUACGCCUGCACACGAAUUUGGUAUCCCCCCAAUGGCUGUCAGCAGCAGCCUCGCUGGGCUGCAGCUGCAUGCAGGCAACCCACAGCAGCAGCAGCAGCAGCAGCAGCAGCAGCAGCAGCAACAGCUGCUGCUGCUACAGCAACAGCAGCAGCUGCUGCUGCAACAGCAGCAGCGGCAGCAACAGAAACAGCAGCAACGAAGCCUCGCCUCCCUAGCUGCCAACCUACGCAGGACCCCACAGCCCCUUCUACAGUAA